AAAGUUUUCAGAAGUAGGAUUAGAAACGGCAAUGCUUGCUUGAAAUACUCAUUCUGCUUGUAAAUCGUCAUUAACUGAUUAUUAAAAUGGUCAAGCAACAUAUUGUAGCAAUUUAUUUCGUCAUAGGACUUACAGUUGGUUUAAUUAUUUCGUUCAUAGCAGCAAAUUUUGGAAAUGUAGCGCUGCCACAAUCACUUGCUAGAAAUUAUAGACUUUCAGAAGCUGUAGAAGCGACACGAUAUACAUUCCAUAAUGACACGCAUUCUCAAUUAUCAUUCCGGCAUCCGCAAUCUCAUGAAGAGAUCGAUUCUAUCAAGGGACCAGAUAAGCCACUUUCAUUUGAUGAUGGACACCAUCAUCAUGAUAACACCACUUCAGCAGAGACUCUAUACAAAACAGUACGUGUACUUUGUUGGAUCAUGACAAGUCCACAGAACCUUAAAAGUAAAGCUCAACAUGUCC